AUGGCGCAAAGUAGACAGAAGAGUUAUGCUGACAUGCGAAGAAGGCCUCUAGAGUUCAAAGUUGGAGAUCAUGUUUUUCUGAAGGUUUCUCCAACUAUGGGUGUAGGAAGAUCGAUCGAGGCCCUUAAAUUGACACUGAAAUUCAUCAGAUCCUUCCAAAUCUCGUCAAGAGUUGGCCCAGUGUCUUACAGAUUGACCCUGCCCCUUAAUUUGAGCCAGAUUCAUAACAUUUUCCAUGUUUCUCAGUUGAAAAAAUAUCAGCCGAAUCCCUCACAUGUCUUGAAAUACGAAGACAUGGAGCUGCGAGAUAACCUCACCUUUGAGGUGAAACUAGUGAAAGUGAUAGAUCGACAGAUCAAGCAACUGUGGAAUAAGGCUAUUUCGAUGGUCAAAGUCAUCAGGAGGGAUCAAACUCAGGAAGAAGCCAUGUGGGAGAAGGAAGAUGACAUGAAGAUCAGAUACCUAGAACUAUUUAAAUAA